AUGGCUCAACGACAGUCAAGGACUUCUAAAUCUUCAAAUAACAUUUCCUUCAAUAAUCCAUCUGCACCUGGCACCCACACUUUUCGUAUUGGGCCCUCUGAACCCACAGAACAUCAACUGAACCCUCUUCAGAUUGCCUUUUUGGAAUAUCAAAUUGCUGAGUUGAAAUUGCAACAUUCUUUCGUUAUUCAGGAAAAUAAUAAUCUUCGAUCUCAGCUUUCUUUCCUUAUCCAAGAAAAUAAUAAUCUUCGUUCUCAAGCUGCUGCAUUACAAGAUCAAGUGGAGAUUCAACAGGUCGUCAUUUCAAAUAAAGAAUUUAUUGGAGAAUUUUCUCUUAAUG